AUGGAUAAAGAACGACAAAAUAAGCCCUAUGUUGAUCGUUUUAAUGAAAGUGUCACCGGUUGGCACCAACCAAACGAUCUCGAUCUUGCUCGAAUGAAACCAACUUAUAGUCCAAAUGGUACUCCAUCAAAAUUGCGAACAUUGGUAACUCCGCCCGGCACUGAACCCUAUCGAAAUACUUAUAAUUUACGUAAAUUAAAUGAUCCAUUGCCAUCACUUAGUGACGUACAUACUCCAGCAAAUCAUCUUGAUACAUGGGGAGUUGAUCCAGUUGAUUAUCGUUUAAAUCAAGAUUUACAUUCAUUUAUUAGACAACCAUCACCUUUAGCAGAUUAUGGUUUAGGAAAUAAAAGUCAAAAACAAAAGAAAUCGUACAUUGUAGUACCUCGUCUAUCCACCCUUCCAACUCCACCUGUUAGUAGUGAUGGCAUUGAUAGUAGAUAUUCAUUAAUUUCUCAUCGUGUAACAUCAACUCAUGUUCCUGAUUCUCAAUAUAAAUAUCUUGAAUCAUCUUCACCAAACUAUCGACGUGAACGUUCUGAAUCUGUUUUUAUGCGAAAAAAUCAAGCAUUUGCAAGUCAUUUUAUCGACGAUUUUAUUAGUAAAUAUAUUGCGGAUCAAUUAGUACCUGAUCUUCUACUUGAAGUACUUAGCGAACUUGAUCAAGAAAAUAGAAAAGCUGUAGACGAGAAAACAGUUAAAUUUGAAGCAAGUGAAUAUAUAACUGAAUUAAAUAAACGUAUUGGUGUUAAAGACGGUGAUACAAAUUUAUUUUCUGACGAAUGGAUACGUGAACUUGAUUAUCAACGUCCACCAAUUCCUCUAUCAAUUAUCGAUACAAACAAACCACUACAAAAAAAAUUAGAUUUUCGAGAUCUUUUAGCUGAAUCUACAGGAUACACAUACGGAGGAGAUCAACAAAUGAGUUCUGAAAUACACCAUACGACUACAAAACUAACUAAUGAAACCUACAAUAAUGCCGUACAUAAUGAUAUCUAUCAUGAUAUUGAAUCUGAAACUAUAAGAGAAUUAUCACGUGAUACAGCUUAUGAUGCUCAAAAUACUGAAAAAACUUAUGUUAGUCAAGUUCAAUUAAAUGCAAUAGAAAAAAAUGCACAAAAUAAAUUAUUAGAUACAAUAUUUAUGGAUCAAUUAAUUGCAAAAUAUAUCCGACAAAAAGGAUCUGUUGUUGAUGUUGAUGAUCUAUCACGUUUUCUCGAUGCAACUGUAAUUGAUAAUUUAAUUUAUCAUUAUCAAGAUAUUAAAGAUAGUCGUUCGAGAACAUUAGAUAAUUAUGCUUUAAGAAAAUUUCAUCUAAAUUCAUUUAUGAAUAUGACAAUGGAUUUAUUACUAACUGAAUUAAGUGCUAGUCUUAUUGAAGAUAUGAAAGAUUUAGAUGAACAAGAACGAAAAGUAUUUUAA